AAUAUGGACACUCAGACAGAGCACAUUCGCCCACUGUGCAUUACAGAAGCACACAAAGCGCCGCAGCUGAUGGCAUGGUGGUGUGGGUGAUGAAGCCUGUUAAUCGUGUAUAUGCACACCCACACAGGCACUUCCAUACGCCCACCUACACAGUGUGCUAGAAGUGUUGGACGGGUAGAAAGUGUUUCUAAAAAAAACAAAAACAACCUAACAUCCACUCCCUUUGCGAAAAUUAUAUGAAAAAUUAAAAAAAAGGGAUUUCCCCAAACCGCGAUUGUCGCACAGGAGAUGUCAAAAGUGAGAAGGAGAUGGCGAUAAUAGCUCCAUUGCGCUCCAACUCAAUUGAAAAAUGACGAGCAAAUUAUCCUCCAAACGCACACCAUCACAUCACACACACGCAUAUGCAGUUGUUUUUGUGGGCACAUCUUGCCUAUUCACACGGUGGGACAACUGUCAAAUCGUUUUAUCUCUAUCAUUCGCUCUCCGUCUCGCUCCCAAACUUUCACAUGUGCGUACAGCGGGGUGCGUGCGUGCGUGUGUGCGUGAGAGGGAUGAGUGCUAAAGGGCGAAUGCGGCCGCUGCAACGCGGCUGCUUAUCGAAAACAGUAGCAGCAGCAGCAGCAGUCGAUCGAGAGCAGCACACAACGCCAGAACGCGGCUGAGAAAGUGAGAAAGAAAGCAGCCGAACAGAAUCUCAUUGACUGCCGUGAGCUGCGGGAACCGCUGGAACCACCGGAGAAUGAGCUGCCCGCUGCAACAGUAACGCAUUGGACAGACAGAGGACGACGAAAGAUUGACAAACACACAUAUGGAUGCGGCGGCAAACAAACGUGGCCGGGGCAAGGGCACGCGCUCGACGGGGCGAACAGUGGCCGCUGCCGUUGUCGUUGGUGGUGGUGCUGCUGCUAACUCCGGGACAAACUCACCCAUCGUCGUCUCCCCGUCGGUGGUAACGCUGGAGCGACGUUCGACCUUACCAAUACCGAGUAUUACUGGCAACAGCAGCAGCACGGUCCUCGGAGUGGCAGCCAACAACGCGACCGCCACCGCUUCUACCACCACCACCACCGCCAGCGCGCCUAGCAUACAGCGCAAGCUGCUGCGGCUGGCCGGCAAACGGCACACGGGCAAAGGGGUCAGUCUCGGUGCGACGACCAGCAAGCUGGCCUGCAGCAGCCGCACGCAUCUCGUGCGGAAGGCGCUGCCCGUGUCGGGCGCGGUGGUCGGCAGCGUGGCCGACCGGUUGCAUCACCGGCACGGCGGUGUCGUACCGCCCAUCAUCAGCACGGCGACGGCGAACCGGAGCAGUGCGAACGAGGCCAAGCUCGGCAAGCACCACCAUCCGCUGCCGCACCAGCAGAACGGGUACGUGGCGGCGGCGGGCAGCAGCUACGCCCCGAUCGUGCCGUACGGGCCGCCCGGUUUGCUGGACGGAGCGGAGACCCAUCAAGCUGGUGUUGCGGCUGUCGCCGCCAGUACAAGAAUGGUUGCCACGUCCGUGUCUCCGCUGUCGCCGCAGACCCUAUCGCCCUCGACCGGAUCCUCCUCGCCGUCCACGAUCUCGCCGGGCGUGUCGCUUGCCGCCUCCCCGCUGGCCAGCUGCACCGGCCGGCAGAAUGCACCGGCCGGGGGAGGUGCGCGCACGGCCAACAGCAACAGGGGGGCAACCGCAUCGUCCGUACCGUUCCGGAUGGCGCCCGGCACCGACGGUAGCUUCUCGGUCGCGGGCGUCCCGCCCGCCCUCAUCAGCUCGCGCGACGGCAAGAUACAGCUGCAGAUAGUGACGCAGCCGGAGCAGCAGCACCGGGCUCGCUACCAGACGGAGGGGUCGCGCGGCGCGGUGAAGGACCGCAGCGGCAACGGCUUUCCAGUGGUGCGGCUGGUCGGCUACAACAAACCGGCCGCGCUGCUGGUGUACAUCGGGUCGGACGUGGGCCGGCCAACGCCGCACAUCUUCUACCAGGCGUGCAAGGUGUCGGGCAAAAACUCGACCCCGUGCGUGGAGCGCAUCCUGGAGGGCACCAAGUACAUCGAGGUGCAGCUGAAGCCGGAAAACAACAUGACCGUCACGUGCGACUGCGUGGGCAUACUGAAGGAGCGGAACGUCGACGUGGAGUACCGGUUUCCCGACCAGACGGCGUCCCGCACGAAGAAAAAGUCCACCCGCUGCCGGAUGGUGUUCCGCACCACCAUUACCGGGGAGGACGGGGCGACCGAGACGCUGCAGGUGUCGUCGCAUCAAAUCAUCUGCACGCAACCACCGGGCGUGCCGGAAAUACUGAAAAAAUCCCUCAUCUCCUGCCCGGUCGAGGGCGGUCUGGAGCUGUUCAUCAUAGGCAAAAACUUCCUCAAGGAUACGCGCGUCGUCUUCCAUCGGCCGAAGGCGGUGCCCGCACACUCGGCAUUUACGCGCACGGCAGCUGCCGGUGCGGCCUGGGAGCAUGCGGUCGCUCCCGACAAGGAGCAUCUGAAUCAGGUUCAUCUCAUCUGCAAGGUGCCA